CUUUUAAAUAUUAAAAUCUUUUACUCUUUGAGUAUUAUUAAAAUAGUGUGAUGCUAUUUUAGCCAAAUUCCUAAUUCUAUAUCUUAAGAGUGGUUAUCUUAAGUGUGAGUUUUAGGUUCUAGAUAUUUGAUUAAGUGUGUCAUAUCUUAAUUAAAUUCUAGAUUCAAACCCCAAGUUAGGAUAAGAGUGUGGACCACAACACCUUCCCCUACAUCUUCCCUUUUGAAACAUUACCCGCACCAUCCAAGACAUGUCUCAAUACGAUGUAGCUGCUGCCCAAGAAAAGUUAAAGAAGGAAGUUGAGCUUGUGAUGAAACAAGUCAAGGAGCUCACUGGAUCAGUAGAAGUCCCUACGUUUGAAGGAAGAAACGAUCCGGAGAAAUUCUCAAAGUGGUUAGCAAAAGUUGAAGACGUCUUUAUACUCAAAGACGUACUCGAAGACAAGAGGGUCAAGCUAGUGGUGGCAAAGUUUCAAAGACAUGCCUCUACUUGGUGGGCUAGCGUUGCUUCAAAACGAAGCUCUAAGGAAAAGCGAAGGUGAGAACUUGGGAAAAGUUAAGAAAACUCUUAAUUAAGAGAUUUUCUUCCCAAGAUCAUCUCCACCAGGCCAUAUGGCCAUUGUAACACAAACCUUUUAAAUAUUAAAAUCUUUUACUCUUUGAGUAUUAUUAAAAUAGUGUGAUCCUAUUUUAGCCAAAUUCCUAAUUCUAUAUCUUAAGAGUGGUUAUCUUAAGUGUGAGUUUUAGGUUCUAGAUAUUUGAUUAAGUGUGUCAUAUCUUAAUUAAAUUCUAGAUUCAAACCCCAAGUUAGGAUAAGAGUGUGUAA